AUGGAUGAAACUCUGGUAUAUUUUGAUAUGUCAAGAGGAUUAACUAUCAGCCAAAAAGGUGAAAAAACAGUACAUAUUAAAUGUACUGGUAAUGAAAAAAAUAGAUUUACUGUGGUUUUAACCUGUGCAGGAGAUGGAUCAAAAUUGAAGCCAAUAUGUAUUUUUAAAGGAAAAAAAUUACCACAAGGUCAAACAAUUCCUGAUGGAGUUGUAGUUUGGUUUCAAGAGAAAGUCAAAAGUGUUGAUGGUAAACCUAAAGAAUACGUUUCACCAGAAUAUUAUGUUAAUUAUUUAGAAAUAUUUAGAGGACAACAUCAUGCGAUGUUAAAAGAUUUAAUUUAUAGGGCAAAUAGAGCAGUAAGAAAUAAUUCUGUUUAUUCGGUGACUUUAAAACCACAACUAGCACCAUCAAAAAAUCCACAUGAUUAUUUAUCAUUAGCAAGAUAUUUUUGGCCUAAUCCAGAAACAGAAAAUGGCUUUCCUUAUGUGAAAAAAGAUGGAUUUGCAAAUCCAGAAAUCUUUCUUGUUAAAGACUAUCAAUACUUGAGAACUUUGUUUCAUGAUAUUCAAUAUCUGGGAUUUGCUUAUUUUUUCACAAAGAAUGAAACUUAUGUCGAAAAAACUCUGUAUAGAUUGGAUGAAUGGUUUUUAAACGAUACAACUAGAAUGAAUCCUAAUAUAAAUUAUGGUAGUUUAAUUAAGGGCUCUCGAUUAGGAAGAAGAACUGGUGUAUUAGAUUUUCAUCCUGCAACUUACAUUCUACAAUAUCUGGGUAGAAUAGAUGAAGCUAGAAUUUAUUCAAAACAAGCAUUAAUAAAUCGUAUCGAGACUGCUAUAUUACCAUCAGGUCAACAACCUUACGAAACAAAAAGACCGACCAGUUGGUUUUACUCUAUAUUUAAUCUAAAUGCUUUAUUCUUAUUGGCCGAAAGAGCGAACUAUUUCGGAUUUGAUGGAUGGCGGUAUAAAAGCAAGAAAGGUCAAAGUAUCAAGAAAGCCGUCGAUUAUUUAUUGCAUUUUGCUUUGAAUGAUGGUCAUGAUUGGCCGUUUAGAAAUAUUGGAGAGUUCAAGUAUAAUGAUUUUGUUAAAAUAUUGGAAUUAAGUUAUAUAAUUUAUGGAGAUAAAAAAUAUCUAGAUGCUUUAAUAUUAUUAAGACCUAAAGCUAAAUUGGAACAAGCUUUACGUAAUAAUGGUGCAACUUGGGAAGAUAAUUAUUUAUGUAAUUGGAGUCUUAUGACAAAUAGUCAAUUAUGGACCUGUUUAGAAUAA